AUGAGCACUCACGACUAUGACGCCGUCCGCAAGGACAUCGCCGCUAUCUUGCAGAAGCCGGGGUAUGACGAUGGCAGCGCAGGGCCCGUCCUAGUGCGACUUGCAUGGCACUCGUCCGGCACGUACGACGUCGAAUCCGAUACCGGUGGCUCCAACGGAGCUGGCAUGCGAUACGAAGCAGAGGGUGGCGAUCCCGCCAACGCUGGUCUGCAGCAUGGACGGGCAUUCCUAGAGCCGAUUAAGGAGAAGCACCCCUGGAUCACAUACUCGGAUCUGUGGACGCUGGCCGGCGUAGUGGCGAUCAAGGAGCUGGGAGGACCGGAGAUCCCCUGGCAAGGCGGACGGACCGAUCUGAUCGGCGAGACGAAGCUGCCGCCUCGAGGACGUCUGCCGGAUGGAGCCCAGGGUGCCGACCACCUGCGGUUUAUCUUCAACCGCAUGGGUUUCAAUGACCAGGAGAUCGUAGCGCUGACUGGUGGACACAACCUGGGCCGAUGCCACGGCGACCGCAGUGGAUUUGAGGGCCCGUGGGUGACGAAUCCGACGCGAUUUUCGAACUCCUUUUUCAAAUUACUGCUCCAGCUUGACUGGAAGCCUCGGAAGCUGGCGUCGGGUUACACGCAGUUUGUGUAUGAGGACCCCGAUGCCGAGGAGGACGAGGAGCCAUUAAUGAUGCUGCCGACUGAUAUGGCGCUCUCGACGGAUCCAGGAUUUGCCCCGUGGACUAAGCGGUAUGCUGAGGAUAAGGAGUUAUUUUUUGAUCACUUCUCCCAGGUGUUUGCUAAGUUGAUUGAACUUGGCAUCCGGCGUGAUGCUCGGGGUGCGGUGACAAACACUGACGGCACCCUCGGCGGGUAUGUGUCGGCGCCGAAGAAGAGCAACACUGCUACCGGUCCGCCCAAAGCGCGUCUGUAG